AUGAAUAUGAUGUGGUAUGGGCGCAUGAUCAUAUCAACAGCCUUUCAAGGAAGGCAGGGGAAGCUAGAAUUGGCAGGAGGAGCCUUAGCCCUCACCUUCGCCAAUGUUACAGCUUUCUCAGUCCUCACAGGCCUCUCUGCCGGAAUGGAACCACUCUGUGCCCAAGCCUUCGGAGCAGCCAACUAUAAGCUUCUAGGAGCCACACUUCACAGAGGAAUCACACUACUCUUCCUCGCAAGCCUCCCCAUAGGAUUCCUAUGGCUAAAUGUGACCAAAAUACUACUGAAAUUGGGCCAAGACAAAGAAAUCUCCAAGGUGGCAGGAACAUACCUAAUGUUUCUCCUGCCUGAUCUGGCGGCAUCCUCUGUUUUAGCUCCGCUGAGAAUUUACCUGAGAUCACAGUGCAUAACGAAGCCCAUGAUGGUGGCCUCCGCCAUAUCUCUCAUUCUCCACUUGCCCAUCAACAUGGCUUUGCAAAACCUGGGCUUGAAGGGCACUGCUCUGGCGAUCUGCUGGAGCGACUGGAAUGUGGUAUUGAUGCUCUUAAUCUAUGUGUAUAAAACCAGGCUGUUUAAAACUACCCAGGUGGAUCAAUGGUGGAGAACCGGCUGGGCUCCGCUGCUGAAGCUCUCGGUCGCCUCAUGUCUGUUAACCUGCUUAGAAUGGUGGUGCUAUGAAAUCCUGAUGCUCAUAACUGGACACCUGCCCAAUGCAGAGGAUGCCGUUUCAGAGCUGGUAAUAGUUUUAAAUGGGGAUCUGAUCCUGUACGGUCUGCAGAUAGCCAUGGCGGCCUGCGCCUCCACACGUGUGGGAAACGAAUUGGGGGCCAAUAAUCUAGUGGGGGCUUACCACGCGGCAGUGGUGGCCGUUGGGCUGAGCGUUGUGGUGGGGUGCGCUGGAGCAUCGGCCAUGAUUGUGGGACGGAAUGCCUGGGGAAUGGUGUUCAGCAGGGACCAGGGAGUUUUAGGGGGAUUGGGGAAAUUAAUGUGCUUCCUGGCCAUGGCGGAGAUUUUUAACUUUCCGCUUAUAGUGGCUGGCGGUGUGCUGAGGGGAACCGCCAGGAUGACCGUGGGCUUGUUCUUGAGCUUGGGCUUUAUCUAUCUGUUUGGUUUGCCCAUUGGAGUUUUUCUUGCCUUUCCAUGGAAGCUCCGAUUUGUUGGGCUUCUGAUGGGUUUUGUAGUGGCUGUUGCAGUUUGUUCUGCUUUGACAUUGGGUGUUGUUUCCCGAACUGAUUGGAUUCACCGUACAGUUUUAGCUCAGGAGCUCAUUAAUGGUGAGCAGUGUGAGCUCAAAUCAUUUCAAUCUGGGGAAUUGGAAACAAUUGGGUUGGUUGUGGUUGAUGAUGAGAAUGAAAAACCAGAGAAGAAAUAG